UGGUGGACUGGAAACAAACUUCACCGACCACGUAAGUUUACUCUAAAAUAUCAACGACCUGGGAAUGUGAAACAGUUGGCUAAAUACUCUUUUCUUUAUGUUGGCUAAAAUGUCAUUAUGUAACCAGGCGUCCAUUACUGUAAUAAGAUCAUUUAUGAGGUUGAGGAGGCGAGUUUAAGUUUACAGUAGGCUAUAGGCUAAGCUAGGUACCAAAAGCCAAGGUAGUUGACAUGUAAGGAUAUGCCUAGCCACCACCAUGUUCUGGUUUAGCCUAUUAGGGAAAACACGUAACCUACAGGUGGAAUUGGUCUAUAUGGUGUAAUCUGCCCUACAGUGGACCAAGCACUGAAAACACAAUUCAGUGAAUUGCAUAGCUAUCAUCUGACAUCUGUGGAAUAGGCUACCAUACCAGCCCGUAUGCCACGAAGUGAACCUGCACAUGUGUUAAAAACUACUCAGUUCACUGACAUUGUACUGUAGGCUAUUUCAAAUGUUUUGUUUUUCUCUUUUUGCUGUUCUCAAAUAUUCUGUUCUUCAUGGUGCUGAUGAGGAAGUGACUGCAGCUCUGCCUCCAAUAUGAGUCAGCAUGGAGCCUCUGCUGGUGGCCAUGGACAUUCAAGCAAGUUUAACCUGUUCAGUUUAACGUCUGACAGGGGAGAAGACGGAGUUUCAUCCACUAAAUUCUCAAAUAUUGUUUUCUUCAUGGUGCUGAUGAGGAAGUGACUGCAGCUCUGCCUCCAAUAUGAGUCAGCAUGGAGCCUCUGUUGGUGGCCAUGGACAUUCAAGGCCAGUGGAUGAGAGGACACACUCCCCUGCAACCAGCUGUGUGUCCAUGAAGAGCGAUCGCUCAAAGGAUGAUGUUCCCAACUUCAGAGAGGGAAGCAGUCAUCCAGAAGCCAGCAUCCAACAGGAAGAACAAACAAUUCAUCCGACCCUCAGCAAAGUCUAUCAAAAAGACCUGUCUACAUUAUUCAAGAAGCUUGAGGAAAAAGUCAUGACCUUCAUGAAGACGGAACUGAAGAGACUCAAGAAGCUCCUGAGUCAUGAUUACCCAGAAUCCCCUUGUGAUGAAGAGGAGGAUGAGGAGGACCAGAGAGAUGCCAGAGAUGGAGCUCUGAAGAUUGCAGUGCACAUCCUGAGGAACAUGAGUCAGGAGAUCCUCGCUCAGCAGCUGGAGAAAUAUGGACUGCUUCCUAGAUGUCAACAAGAGCUCAAAUAUAGGCUAUCAAGGAAGUGUCAGAGUGUAUGUGAAGGCAUCCCAAAGCAGGGAAAGUCUACUUUUCUGGAGAAGAUAUACACAGAGCUCUACAUCACAGAAGGGGAAAGUGUAGAGGUGAAUACUGAACAUGAAGUCAGACAGAUUGAGAUGGUAUCCAAGAGUCAAGUAUCAAAGGAGGAAAAACCAAUCAAAUAUACGGACAUCUUCAAGCCCUUACCUGGACAGGACAAACCCAUCAGAACUGUGCUUACAAAGGGAGUAGCUGGCAUUGGAAAAACAGUCUCUGUGCAGAAGUUCAUUCUGGACUGGACUGAAGACAAAGCAAAUCAAAAUAUCCAUUUCAUAUUUCCUCUUCCUUUUAGGGAGCUGAAUCUGAUGAAAGACAAAAACUUCACCCUUUUGGACUUCAUUCAUCAUUUCUUCACUGAAACAAAAGACUUUGCCUUCUCCAACAAGGACCGAUACAACAUUGCAUUUAUCUUUGAUGGUCUGGACGAAAGCAGACUUCCUCUGGAUUUCCAGCACAAUGAAUGCAUCUACAGCAUAACAGAAUCUGCCUCUGUGGAUGUCCUUCUCACAAACCUGAUCCAGGGGAAUCUGCUUCCCUCUGCUCUUGUUUGGAUCACCUCCCGGCCAGCAGCAGCCAAUCAAAUUCCUCCGGAGUGUGUGAAUCAGGUAACAGAAGUCCGGGGUUUCAGUGACCCACAGAAGGAGGAGUACUUCAGGAAGAAAAUCACAGAAGAGGAGCUGGCAAACAGAAUCAUCACACACCUGAAGUCAUCCCGGAGCCUCUACAUCAUGUGCCACAUUCCAGUCUUCUGUUGGAUGGCAGCCACUGUUCUGGAGAGCAUCAUGACUGAAGCAGAGAGUGGAGAGAUUCCAAACUCUUUGACUCAAAUGUACACACACUUCCUGAUCAUUCAAUCCAAACAUAGGAGUCAGAAGUAUGAAAACAUGUGGAACCAGAAGACCAUUCUGUCACUGGGGAAACUGGCUUUUCAACAGCUGCAGAAGGGCAAUCUGAUCUUCUAUGAUGAGGACAUGAAAGAGUGUGGAAUAGAUGUCAGACAAGCAUCAGUGUACUCAGGAGUGUGCACUCAGAUCUUCAGAGAGGAGGCUGGGCUGUACCAGGGGAAAGUGUUCUGCUUUGUUCAUCUGAGCAUUCAGGAGUUUCUAGCAGCUCUAUAUGUGUUCCUCACAUUCCAAAACACAGGGAUCAAUAUACUGCAUCAACAGCCAAGAGCUGUUCUGAAGACAAAGAAUGAAAACAUCAAUGACCUAUACAAGACUGCAGUGGAUCUGGCAUUAAACAGUGAGCAUGGACACCUGGAUCUUUUCCUGAGGUUUCUUCUGGGCCUCUCAUUGGAGUCCAAUCAGAAAUACUUACAAGACCUGCAGCCAAGGUCAGGAAGCAGCUCAUUACACACAGAGGAAACAGUCAAGUACGUCAGGGAGAAGAUCAGAGAAACCACCACCCCAGAGAGAUGCAUCAACCUGUUCCACUGUCUGAAUGAACUGAAUGACCACUCUCUGGUGGAGGAGGUCCAGGGCUACUUGAGGAAGGACAACCCAUCCAGAGAGAAUCCCUCUCUUUCCCAGCUGUCAGCUCUGGCUUUUGUGCUGCUGAUGUCAGACCAGGAACUGGAGGAGUUUAACCUGCAGGAUUAUGGGGGAUUUGGUUCACCUGCCAGAUCAGAUGCAGGUCUGCUGAGGAUGCUGCCAGUGGUCAAAACAUCUAAAAGAGUCAAGCUGCAGUUUUGUUCCCUCACAGUGAAGAGCUGUGCAGCUUUAUCUUCAGCUCUCAGAUCAAACUCUUCCAGUCUGAGACAGCUGGACCUGACUAACAAUCAUGUGGGAGAUUCAGGAGUGGAGCUGCUUUCUACUGGUCUGGAGCAUCCAAACUGUAGACUGGAGACACUGGGGCUGCAGUGGUGUAACCUCACAGAGAGGAGCUGUUCAUCUCUAGCUGCAGCUCUCAGAUCAAACCCCUCCAGUCUGAGACAGCUGGACCUGACUAACAAUCAUGUGGGAGAUUCAGGAGUGGAGCUGCUUUCUACUGGUCUGGAGCAUCCAAACUGUAGACUGGAGACACUGGAGCUGCAGUUUUGUUCCCUCACAGUGAAGAGCUGUGCAGCUUUAUCUUCAGCUCUCAGAUCAAACUCUUCCAGUCUGAGACAGCUGAACCUGAGUCACAAUCAUGUGGGAGAUUCAGGAGUGGAGCUGCUUUCUACUGGUCUGGAGCAUCCAAACUGUAGACUGGAGACACUGGGGCUGCUGAAGUGUGAUCUCACAGAGAGGAGCUGUUCAUCUCUAGCUGCAGCUCUCAGAUCAAACCCCUCCAGUCUGAGACAGCUGGACCUGACUAACAAUCAUGUGGGAGAUUCAGGAGUGGAGCUGCUUUCUACUGGUCUGGAGCAUCCAAACUGUAGACUGGAGACACUGGAGCUGCAGUACUGUGAUCUCACAGAGAGGAGCUAUUCAUCUUUAGCUGCAGCUCUCAGAUCAAACCCCUCCAGUCUGAGACAGCUGAACCUGAGACACAACACACUGCAGCAGUCUGGAGAGGAGCUGCUCUCUGCUCUACAGAGAGACCCCACAUAUAAACUGACUACACUAAAGUACUAAGUGUAGAGCCAUCAGUCAUCCAUCAGUGUGGUGGAGCACAGCUGCUGCAGAUGCUGCAUCAGUCAUCCAUCAGUGUGAUGGAGCACAGCUGCUGCAGAUGCUGCAUCAGUCAUCCAUCAGUGUGAUGGAGCACAGCUGCUGCAGAUGCUGCAGUUUCCAGACACUCAGGACCAGAUGAUCCUCCAGCUGCUCCACUCAUCAUGUGGGUCAACUGCUCACUGCUACACUUUAAAGGGGCCGUUUUGUAUCAUAAUAUCUAAUCAAUACCUAUGAUGAAUAGUUAGUUAUGGAGAGUACUUUGAUGUUAAGUUGUAUCAUAUUGAACAGGUGAUUUUUGUUGAAUGAACAAAUUGUCUAAGUAGUUGUAUGUGUAUUGUAUCCAAGCAAUUGAUGUGCAUUUUGAUCAUUGGUUGUGAGUUUUGUGUCUAGAGUUGUGAAAAAUGACAUCAAGGUUCUGAAAAUAGUAGCAAAGUGAUUGUAAAAAAAACCUAUUAUAUAAUCAAUACCUAUGAUGAAACUGUGAUAAAUUAGUGUGUGCUCUGACUUUAUGUAAUAUGUGAAUAAAAUGUGCUACCCUACAGUGUUGAUGAGUGCCAUCACUGACUACUUCCAAAGCCCUGCACACUCCUCCUCUCUAGAUCAAGCACCUACAGAUGCACUAUGGAAUCCCCUCUAGUUAACAUACCAGUCUGUUAUAGCUGGGUACACAGCUACACCUCACCACUAACAUUUCCACAAUCCACAAAGUGCUUCCCCACGAAGGGUCAGGGGACGCCACUAGGGGUCGCCAGAGAUUGCAGGGGGUUCGCGCAAUGUUGCCUGGGCUGAGGUUGUGAGAUUACCAGAUUAUAUUUGCACACAUUAGGCCUAGAUGUAUAAGAUCCCAAUAACACACCCAGUUGGAUAAUCAAAACUCUGUACAAUACAAAUUAAAACAUAUUUUUGUUUCACAUUUAAA